GGAAAAUCGAUCAGAAAAAUCAAGAUGGCGAUUGCUGCUGCAAAAUUGUCUGUGAUGUUCAGUUUUUUGUGAAAAUUUGUGAUUUUAAGUUCGAACUAUGUUACUAAUUAAUGUUUAAGUUAAUCCGGAAAAGGAUUGUUACUAAUACAUUUGAACUAAUCGUUGCGUGAAGAAAAGUAAGAACACGCAAAAUGACUGACGAAGUGACGGAGGAUUCCGUCAACAUACUGGAUGAGCUGAUUAUGGGGCAGUUCAACACGACCCAGUCGCUGGAAGAGAUGAAGUUGGACAAAAAUAUGGUAUGGUUAAUCCUCUCUUUACUCUCAUCUUUAAUAUGGGUCGUCUAUAUAACGUUCUACAAUUCACGUUUGUUUGGAUACUGUGUCACUAAGCUGGUGAACCGGUUGUUUAUUCGAGGAGCCUAUUUUAAAAUAGGUUCGCUGAAUGUAAACCCGCUGGCCGGGAAGAUAAUGUUUCGGGAUGUGGUAUACGUAACCUAUGACUACACUGUACGGGUUCAAGAUGGUUACUUUAUAUUUCGCUGGUGGCGGUCAUAUGUACCCAAGGACGUUUCGGAAGAUUUGUCUCAUUCUGAUACGCGUUUGUCUGUAAUGUUGAAUGGAUUUGAGCUACACGUUUACAAUCGAUCAGAUCUGUAUACGAAACUUGAACGCACGUUUGGUUUGAAGCCGUCAAUUUUAAUUCCUACCGACACAAUGAGUGCAGAAGAAGUUGCUAGAUUCAAAGAACAAGCAAUGAAUUUCGAAAAUCAGCGGCAUACUGACGAACAGCAAGGCAAGGUCAUAAAAAAACCACGACCAGAAGCAAUGGCUGCAACCACAUGGCGAGAUUUAAUACCGGUGAUCAAGAUUGACAUUUGCUCUGGUCGUUUUGUGUUUGGCAAUCGAUUGAUACCAACGACACUGUCCAUCUGUGUUGAAGAAGCGCAUUGUGUUUACAGUACUAAACCGGCAGUGUCUAAACUUGAUCAUUUUAUGCAUUUUGUCAAAGCAAAGCUGGAAAAUUCGAAGGUUCUGUUGGCCCCUAGCCCUAAGUACACAGGUUUAGGAGAUGAACCACCCAGGUAUAUGGGUGAAGGUUUUGUCGUCAUGAGCUCCAAUAAUAUGGAACUGUACUUCUACAUGGAUGAAGCAGGAGUAGUUCCAGAAGAACCAGUAACGCUGACCUUAGCAAACGGAGAUGUCGUUGAAGCUUCUCCACCAGUGUGGGGGAUCGAUAUCAAGUGUGGAAAAGGAACAGACUUCAGUUACGGUCCUUGGGCUGAUCGACAAAGAGAUCACCUAUUUAAAUUUUUCUUUCCGCCGGAUUAUCAAACGCUGCAAGUCACACAUCCUCCAAAACCUGGAGAUCAGCGCGAAAUGCAAUCAUUUGACAUCAGUCUAUGUACUCUUAAUGAAGCGACAAUCGAUAUUCUAUUCUCCAAAAAUAAAGAAACGAAUGCUGUCCACGUAAACAUUGGGGCAGGAUCUUAUCUAGAAGUCACUCUGCCGUGGAUAACCCUUCAAGACGGUUUCACCACUAAAGUUACCGGUCAACUUUUACAUGUAGAAGCUUCCACCAGCCUGCAAUAUCGAAGUCUAGCCGAAUGUGAAACACUACAAUUCAACGUCAAAAUCCACUACCCAACCCGCUGGAAUGAUCACCAAGAGUGGACAAUCAACCUAACCGGCAGCAAAGCUACGGCCUACAUAGUGUUCUCCCAUAAAGAAUUCUUCCAGGAUCUGGUUGAAGAUUGGGCAUCCAAAGCCCGACCUGAUAUUCUCAGUUUUGUACCGUACACUUGGAAGUUCGGUGUGAUCUUAAAAGAGUUCGAAAUUAUCACAUUGAGCAAUGAAUUUAAUUGGAUAGACUGCUCUAGCACUAACCAAGAAAACCAUCAUCUCGCCUUCUGUGGAGACCUUUUCGACCUGAGUUUCACUCUCCCAUUUGAUGAUUUCCUACCCCUUAAAAUUCCAAUUGUAUUCUGGAUCCACGGCGAAGGACUAGACCUCAGUAUGUAUCUCCCAGAGCAAUCCAGCACCAAACCGAUAAUAGUAGCUCUAGAUAAAAAUGCGCGGAUUCUUACACGCGAUGGUAGUGUUAAAAAACGCCCUGAAUUGAUAUCCAAAAAAUGGCGCCGAGUGUGCCAACGGUCGACCGGAUGGAUUGAUUGUUGGACCGUUCCUAUAGUUGCUCUUUCUAUCAAAUAUAUAUACCAUCCUAUGCCACCACUUGGGCCUGAUCCUCAGGCCGACAUCACUACUCCAGAGAAGGAAGAAAUACUGCUCAGUCCGAUGCGAAUACCGAAAAUGCGAAAAUCACCAGCCAUCACCUGGAACGAUGCUGGACAGCCACGAUUUGAUCCUACCACGCUGCCUCCUGACCAGGUAUCGGUAGAGCUGGAGAUUGGAUCUUCGAUUAUGCUGGCCUAUGGUGCAAUUCUGCGUAACUUCAUCCAUCUGAAAGAAAACAUUUUUGGUGAGGAUCAAUCAUUCACCGACAUGGAAAAAUCAAAUUCCAAGCAACACUCUUCUGGUGCCAAUGGUUCCGCAGCCAAAUCCACAAGCUCCAAAGACGAUCCUAACAAAUCCAUCUCGGAAGCCAGCAUGAAUGCCGAAGAAAAGCCGAAACGCUUCGAUCCAAGGCUGUAUCGUCCACUGGAAGUGACUGUGAGUGUAACUAUCCAUGAUCUUCAGGCACAUGUGAUGAAAAACUGUAAUGAAAAUGAUCCACCUUGCCCUAUUGUUCUUAUCGAAAGGCUGGGAUUUGAAAUGAAAAAAAGAUUUCAUGAGACUGAGCUACAAGUUCUCGUUAGCCCAUCGUUCCUUAUAUCUUCAGAUAACAUUAUUCGACCAUCAAAAGAUAAACAUCUUCGUCAAGGUCACUUGCUUCUAUCGGCAGUCCAAGUUCGCGGUCAUGCAAUGUUCAGCAAUGAAGGUCGACAGCUAGAAGAAGAAACACUCGAAUAUUCUUGGCUACUGGAAGUUCAGCUUGGAAAGCUGUCCGGUAAAAUGACUCUUCCUCAAUUGGCUAAUGUCAUAACUGGGCUGGAAACAUUAGCUUAUCUCACUCUAGAUUCCGAAAACAACCUGAAGUCACCUAAAACCAUAAGAUAUUGUCACCAUGGGGUGCCAACCAAUAUCUGUCCUCACACCAAAGAGGAUACGAAAUAUCGCUGCCCCUCAACGGAAGAUAUAAAAUAUAGAAUGACGCGGGUCGCAAUUGAUGCUGUCGAUUUCUAUCUCAUCGAAAAUGGAACGGCCUUACACACCUGGAUCUCACCAAUCCGAAUCGCAACAUGCAACCUACAUGGCCAACAGGUUAAAUCAGGAAUAACGGGACUAAUUCCCACUAUUCUCCUCCGACAGUUCGUAUCCACAGGGGGGCAUUUCAGUCACAGUAAUGGGAACUCUCACAGCAACACCAACACAACUGGAAGCAGCCGAUCGGCCAAGUUGCAUCACCAAAAUUCCGUUACCGAGCGUAAAGAUGACCCAAUCUACAAACGAGCCGACGAAACAAGUAGCACCAGCUUCAAGCAGAAGAAGGUCACCGACCAAUAUCAACAGUCAACAUCGUCCCAUUCAUAUCGGCGAGAUUCUAAAGAACACCAGGUACGUGACGAUCCGUACGGUUCGCUUCCCAAUCGACGGAAUCACGAAUCGUCGUCCGAUCACUUCAGACGUGAGAAGGAAGAAAUUUACGGUUCGGUUCAUUCCAAUCGUAACAGCACCCGUGAUAUAGAUUCCAGCGAACCGUGGUUGGAGGUGGGUUGUUUAUCGCUCGGACCGGUAAUUAUAGAGGCGGCCUCAGCUCUGCCCAUUCCGGAGCACUGUCUACAUUUGGUGCAGCAUAACUAUCUCAAAAUGCAUGAUGAACGUGGCAAAAAGCUAUGGUUUUUAUGGUCCAAUAGCAGUGAUCCGAUUCGAUGUGGCUGCGUCGGGGGUUGUGCCUUCUUCGGCACUAAUCGGAAUGGGCCUCGGUUCUUUAAACCAUCGUCUCAGGAUUUGCAAGAUUUUAUCAACAUAGCUCGGUACCACAUCUAUCCGAACAACAGAGAGUACGGAUUUGGCCAGAGUUUACUGCAUGAAGGGCAACUAGUUUUUCAUACGCCACCGUACAGUUUACAAUCAGUAUCCUUACAAGAGUGCUACGAGUAUGUUGGAAAACCGAAUCUCCGAACCACUCGAUACUGUCCAGAUUCAAAAUCUCCUCUACCACCAAAGCACGAAACUAUUCUGAACCAACAGAAGCAGCAUCAACAGAGUGAAAUCUCCCCGAACAGUACUAUGAUUAGAAGCGUCGAAAGUAAGUCUAGUAAAUCAUCGCUGGAACGAGUUAAGGAAAAAGAUACUGGCUCCCCAUUGAGCGCUGACCGCAGUCGAGGAAGACGUUUCUCAUACAGUAAUGCUAGGCAAAAUACUGUUUCACAUGAUGUUCCGUACUAUCGGCUUUUAGAAUCAAGUCCCAAAACAGGUAAAAUCAUGACACCAACUCCUACACGUCAGGACUCUGAAUCCAGGUUGCUCACACCAAAGGGCAUCAAAGUACAGACUCCAAAGACAAGUGCUUCUGAUUCACGUCUUACAAUGGAAUAUUUCCAAUGUGAUGAUAGUCAUAGUAUGUCGGAUGAUCACACCGAGUUGUCACACUCGGCACCGCAACCUCACCCUCUGGAGUCCGAUUCUGAGCAUUCGCUCGGUCCGAAAGUGACAGAAUUAGAUUCAGUAGUUAUUCGAGACGUUCAACGAACGGUUUCUCUUACGUCUGAAAACCCUUCGGAAGCAUUCUUUUCAGCCGACGAGGAUCUCCAUGCAUCACGAAGCUCAAGUCUAAAGGCAACAGAUGUCCCUAUUGCCAUACCAAAAAAACGUUUUGCUUCGGAUCUUAGUAUUGUCGAGCCAAUUGAAUUGGAAGGACGACUGUCCACCCAUAGAAGCGACUACGAAAUUCAUACUCCAGAACACAGGAGCUUGCCCCUUAGGCCACAAUCUACAGCUGAAUUAAACGAUGAGGAACGUCGCAUUCACGGUUUGGCCACACCGUUACGCAAAUUCAGUAACAUCUCUCCGCGUCCCGAGUUUCGUCAUUUUAAGCCGGUGUAUGACGUCGAUCCACACGACUCAUCCGAGUCGCAUUCACUGUCCUCGAGUUCGUUCAUUUCGGCCCUUUCUUCACAAGAAGAUAUUACGUUGGUCAACUUACACAUGCAGAUAAAUCGACCGAUAGUCGAUUCACCGCUGCUAAUGGCCAGCUACGUGACUCACUUGGCACAGGUACGAUGCUCCAAUUGGACACACUGCUCGUUGCCAUACGCAGCUGAUGCAUUUUCGAUGCCUCUGUUCCAACAAAACGACGAUGGUGGAUUGGUGUACAUUGGUAGCAAGUUGGUACCCCAUUUCGACAACUACUCACACUGGCGAGAAGUUAAAGUUAUACCUCGGUACGACCAACAAUCUGGAAGCUCAGCAAGCGGAUCGGCAGCAGCAGCUGCUGCUUCUUCGGGUAUGUCGACGCUACCCAAACCACACCCAUGGGAUCCAAGUGUUAUGGUUAGGGGCAGCUUCGAGAAACAAGAUGGCAAGGAAGGGGAACACGAAUUUCUCAGCUGCCAGGGAGAAACUGCCACCCGAAAUUCUGUUGUAAUGCGUUUCAAAGGACAGGUCGAUGUAAUGUUCACUCCUUUGCUAUUGGAAGGAUUGCAACGUAUGAUCGAGUCGCUUAUUCCAACACUUUCGACGCUUCACCCGUUAACCAUAAUAAACGACAUCCAUGGGUCUUGUGUGCGCAAGGUCGAAGCGGUUAACAUUUUGAAGAGAGACCAAUCGCUCAGCUACUGGUCCCAGGUGCAUUCGAAUUCUAAACGUUCAACAGCCGAGCGAAACCUGCAGGGUCCCGGAGGCCCAGUGCUGACGGAUGUCUACGAGGAAAGCAUAUCAACCCAGAUGCAGGGUUUGAUUGUACUGCCGAAGAUGAACGUAACCUUGAUACAGAGCUCAGUCAUCGAGGAGGUUAUAUCGUUUGCCGCGUUGGAUAACGUACAGGAGCUGAGUUGUGCUUCGCUUUUGGCCGUUUGUUUCGAAGGGGUUUCGACGAGGUUUCAUUUGGGUAAAACAACCAAAGCUUCGAUGCACACGGUGUAUACGCAACCAACCGUUCGCACAGGUGGUUUGAAAAAGAGUGGUUUGAUCAGGGGAACUAGGGCUUUGUGGGCUCAUAUUUCUUCGCAAACACGACCCGACAAUGUUCCUGGCGAACCGGUGCUUUUGGAAACCUCUGAGAAGCAACUAGAAGAGCUUAUCAUCACCUUGGAUGUAGGAAAAGCACAUGCGCAGUUGAGACGACUAAAGAAUGAACCGAUCGUGGUUCAAGACUCCCAAAUCGUGAUAACUGCCAUACCGUCUCAUCGGAGCCGAGUAAUGUUUGAUUGUUCGAGGAUUCCUGAGGACCCUAUUGUAGAUGGACAUUCUGGAAUGGGAUAUAUUAUGUUCGAAUGUGGUUUAGAGGGAGUCAGUGUGAAAAUAGUCAAAAGGUCUCAGUUUGAAAAAUCAGAAAACGCAGAAGAAGCCCUCAAACCAUCGCAAGAAGCAGCCAACUCGGAGGCUAAUCAAUCAAGUGUUACUACCAACAAUCCUUUGAACUUAGUUACUCUACUGAACGAAGCAGGUGGAAGUAUGGCUGCAGAAGCCUUAGCUAAAAUCGGUAUGAAAAAACCUUCAACUCCAAAAACGGGUAUGGCCAAAGACAAAAUAACAGCAGGGUUUGAAAUACGAUCAAAAGACAAAAACAGCGAUCAAAAAUCAACAAAGGAUCGCAUUUCUCACAAAAUAAUCGACCUAUCACAGACUGAUGAGGUCGAUGAGGGCAAAGAACCUUCUCCAGGAACGAAUGGAACCACUAAUGAGAAACCAGCUGCGAGUUCCGCAAUGCAGGCCAGAAACGAUAACGGAAAAACAUCGUCCUGCGUAAUUAACUUCAAAACGGUCUGGUUCAACUUUGCAGCACCACCAAGAAGCCCUAUAACUAGGAAAAUUGAUUAUUCCCGGCUGGAUUGGAAUCUGCUCAGUACGGCUUCCCCGGCUAUUACAGCCUGGAUGAACCCUAGCAAUCGUUUCGCCAUCAAGAUAGUCGCACUGAUUCGGGCUAUGUAUGUACGUCGGACUGCCGUUACGGUGGCUCUGAUGGCCGAUGCCUGGGAAAGACAAACGUUACACCGACCGAUGAAGAGUCGCUAUCCCGGUAUGUUUACUCCGCUAGCCAAGACGCUACAGGAGGACCCCAGUUGUUCGCUUUGUACUAUGCUACAAAAGUACGUCCUAGAAGAAACGGUCAAUAAAAUCGAAGCCGAUUUGAAACAGCAGUUCGUUCCACCACUGAGUACACUAAGGCAGGCAAUUAUCGUCCUCAGUCGUCAGUGGAAGAAUGUUCUCUAUAAUCCUAUGUUGUUUGAGCACCAGUAUAAAGGGAAAUUGAACAACCCUAUUAGCGUCACCUUCGCUUUGCCGCAAGAUGAGGACGCUGAGGACACGGAUGACAUCGAUGCAGAAAACUAUCCGGUGGGUAUCGUCGAAAGCCAUCCACUGAUCGACGAAGAAAACGAGCGCACAAUGUUACUGGGGCAGAGCGUUCAGGCGCAGCAUCACAAUCAUUCACAGUCGACUGCCAACGCUCAUCAGCAUCAUGUUAUCAAAAUACCUGAGGAACCGGUACAGAUCCACGUAACCAAAUUAGGAGACUCCCUUAACACCUCUCCCAGUACUAACAACUCCAACAAACAGCGAAAAAAGUCCUCGGUAAAGAGUUUUAUUCCUCCGGCAGCACCUUCCUCGCGAUCUAGCAUGCAAAUGUUUCCGAUCAUUUUCGAUAAGCACGAUCCGCAAAUCGAGUAUGGUGCUUUGAAGGAGGGCUCUCUGCCCUCGGUUUGCAGCUCGUCGGACUCGAUGGAUAAGGCCUGGACACCACCGGUCAACCAAAAGGAAGAUCUCUACUCGUGGAUGGCCAAACAACAGAAUGGGAAUGCCAAGAACGCGCGUAAUAAGGAGAACGUCAGACAGCUUCCAAAGAAUCGCCCUGAAGUGCAUUCCAUUCGCUAUAUGCAGGACAACAACAGGAUUCUGGAUGCUCAUCUUAUUUUUGAGCCAAUGCUCACAUACUUGGGGGUGAUGCCACAGCAAAUGAUAAAUAACGUUUCUAAUCCCGACGUCUCCUCGCUGGAUAGUUUGGGUACUAAUCUCUCACUCGUUUGUUCCUUCGACACAAUGCGGAUAGACAUUGUAGUCAGUGAGGCAGGUGAUGCCAAAAAACCUAAACCCAAGAUGAGCAAAAAGGGAAACGGAAAAUUCUCGUUGAUCAUGCCAACCGAGCAGCCAGCUUUCUUGUGCGAACACGUCGGAGUAGAGCUCGAACUGUUGAAAAUGACAGAUGGAUUUCCAGAUGAUGCUAAACAUCAUAUGCUGUACGUAUCAAGGGGUCAACUGAAGAAGCACACCAGCACCGUUAUCAACUUUAGCCUUGAUGUGCGAUAUCUUUCGCAACAAGUCAAUAUGCCGCUUUUAAGGCUUCUUCAUCAGAUUUCUAACAUGUACCAAAACGUUAAGGCUGCACAAAAUGAAUUGAGAGAACAACCUGAACACGGUAAAAGAAGCGCUCCACUAAAAGAUGAAUCUAGUUUAGCUUCCGAAAUGAAUGAUCCAACGUUGAUGGGUUCGUUAAAUGAACCGUUGAUGUCACAUAUUGAAAACACCAUUUUCGACUACGCAGACGAAAUGUACGACAAGUUCAACGAAGACAUUCCAGUUCGGCAUGAGUUGCGCCAUUCAUCGAGUCGCUCCAAAAUGCCCAGUCUGGGACCGCUGAUACCCUUGACGCCGUCACCGAGCGCGCGUAAUCGACCCCACAGUUUCGCACAGAAACUACGCAGUACGAGUAAAUCGGUCAAAGGAAAGCUGGGUUAUACAAAUUUAAAUGAAACCGUCACCACACCAGUGAAAGCUAGUCCUACGGCGCUGACCUUUGCUGAAGCAAUUUCGAGAACAUCAUUGGAAGCCAAAAACUCCAUUACCGGUGGGUUAUCCAGCACAUACGGAGACUUUACUGCUCCAUUUGAACGUUCUACUUUUACUGGCCCGAUUCACAGCAUACUGGAUACUCCGAAAUGUUGGAAAACAAUCUAUCACCUACUAGAUUUAUAUUCUGCCAUGCCAGAGAACAGAACUAUUGCUCAUCGCGUUUCACUAUCACCGGAUGCCGUUGGCCAAAUCAAAGCCCGGAGAUAUAAUAUUCUGAAUGAAACUAAAAAUAGUGCUGGUUCAAAUCGAGUCGUCGAAGAUGAUGACGUUGGGUCUGGAACACCGCUACCAAGAGAUGUUGGAAUAGUGGCUCAGGAACGUACAAGAUUGAUUGUUUUCGGUGUUGCAAAAAUACACCGAACACGAUUGCUAGCUACUCUCAGUGGGUUGAAACUGGAGGCCGAAAUAACUGCCCUGCAUAGCAGCACAACCUGGCGCAAAAAGUCUCGUCCGGCGUCAUUGGAGUGUUCCUUGACUGGCCAGGUGGGUCGCGCUAUGAUUGUGCUGCUUGAAGGGGUUCCCCCAAAUCAACAAACUGUGGUAAAAGUAUCAAUCGGUAAAAGCCAAACACUUUACUCAAGCAUAACUCGCAAAGGAAAAGAUAAAAACAAUGGCCUUUUAUCGAUUGGUAUCGUAAAUAUAGACAUUCCACAACAUCCGGUUGCACUACACGGAAUGAUGACACGUGGUUCGAAGCAGAUAUCUUCCACGUUACAGGAACUGCGCGUGACUCGUACGUCCACUCGACUUUCACGACAAAAUGAAGAACCAGAUUCUCCACUUCAUAACCACCGGGAAUCACGUGAUCGAGUACCAACCGCUCGAAAGCAAAGUACGGCAACCGCUAAAAUGGCUGUGAAUAACCCAAGUGGAUUGUUGCAACCUCUUGUUAUGCAGUUCAAUAUAAUUCUGCAGAGUCUUUCUGUCUCUGCCGCACUGCUGCCGUCUCUUCAAGCUCAAUACAAAAUGGAUCACGUAACGUCCAACGGUGUGACGGGGGGCAAAGCUAAGUUUACCAUCGAUUUACCGAACCAUUCUCUUAGUUUUACCACGAAGGUACAAACUACUGAAACGAAUUUACCUUCUGAGGCCUGUAUCGCUUUGCCUCCGGUCCACGUUAGUGCUGAGUACGUUCCGGAAAGUGCAACGGAAGAAGCGCCAAUCGAUGGAGUUGUUCUACGACGAGGUGGUUAUCUGCUAGCCUCAGCCGAAAUAGGAGUGUUUGAACGAUGUCUUUCUACCGAUCUACUAAACCAUUUGGUUUUCGUUCAGAAGGUAUUUAUGAAAGAAGUAAACGAAGUUGUUCAGAAAGUAUAUGGUGGUGAAAAGCCAGUUCCAAUUUGGCUUGAGGAUGUUGAAGAUAAUGGAUCCCAGAUCAAGCGUAUAUUAUUCGAUCUCAAAAUACGAGUUAAAAGAAUUCAGUUGACAGCCACUACGCCCUGUAACUCAGCGGUCCGAUUCGAGACAGGAAGGCUUGAGUUUGAGCUAUCAAAUCGUGUGAAAAAUUUAGCAGAAGGAUCAAAUACCAAACUUUUUGGCAGAGCUCAAAUUGAUCUUAACCUUUCUUUAGGCCAAAUUAUUAAAAAUGUGAUAUUCGACGAAGCCGAGCCGGAGUUCCAACAAUAUGCUUUCUUCAAUACCACGAUCGGUCUACGAAAUGCUUUCCAAGAUGAAAUGAUGAAUGAUGAUAAGGAACUUGUGCUCAUCACUCUUAAAAGGCCUCUUAUUUAUGUUCAACCUAUUGCAGUAGAUAAAGCAAUUUUGGUUUGGUUGAACUACAAAAAUGCCUACGAAUACUGGACAGAAAAAAGAGCUAAUUUGAAUAAAGAAGUAUUAAUGGCUACCCAGCAAGUAUUUGAAAAAGUUCCAUUUGAAAAACUAAGCCAACAUUUGGCCACCGCAAAUUUGUCUACUCUGUAUCUGCAGCUCACAGUAGAGGACAUGGGUAUUUGUGUCCCUCUAAAUCAAUCACCCCAAAACUGGGGAGGCAAUCGCUCGGUUGGUGACUUUGAACAAAGAGGAGCCGUGGUCAUCACAUUAGAAAACACUAUUAUAUCCGCUUGCAGCUGUGGGUCGCUGGUGUCCAAAGGAAAGUUUGUUGGCCUAUGUUUACGGUUUGCAGAAGAUUUCGAUUCCUCUUUGGAUGAUUGGAAACCUAACAUGAACGAUUCAGGUAUCAUGAAUCUUUGUGUGGUAUCAGAGGGAACGUACGAAGUUUGCUCCCGUACAAUAGCUGCCAAACAUCCGGACAAUGCCAAGUGGUUUCUUAAUGUUACAUGGCAAAUGGAAGGUGUUGAUAUUCACCUUGAUGUCAAUAUCGGCAAACAGCUUUCAGCUUUGGGUCAUACACUUACCAUGUUGACUGGAUCGGAAGAAGAUGAACCUAUUUCCUCUGAUACUCAAGAUAGUGAGGAUGCUGAUCAAACAGAUCGAGGAACGCGAGUUUCGCAAGAUUUUGCUACAAAGAAGAGGAAGUCAGCGGAUUCACUACCGUCUUUCCUAUUCGAUGCAACGUUGGACCCGAAAAAACGUUCGUUGUUAAUGGAAAACGAAAUCGCUGAACAAACCAAAACUGUUAACGAUCUGCGUACGCUCGGAGCGUCGUCUAAAACCAUUGAAAACGAAGAACGGCGUUUACAAGAAUUGCAAGCUCUUUGCUAUAGAUACUUCCGUAGGGAUAUGCUCCAGAAAUGGAAAAGACCCACAGUCAGAAAGACAAUGCUUCGAUCUACUAACCGGUCGAGAUCAUUUAUCGCUCCAUCACCAACACGUGAUGAUCUCGGGGAAUCUGGAGAAUUGUCCACCGCUACCGACAGGGUCGCCAACAACAGUUUACUAAACAGCUUACAGGAAUCACCCAAUUCCGGUCCAUCUCGAACUGCUUCGCUGAAGGUAAAAAUUCCCCAAACUACAAGAGUUACGUUUACAGAGGCAAUGAGACAAUCGUCGCUUCCUAGUGCCGAUUUGGAUGAGGGUUAUCCGGAUUGGCCUACAUAUGACUCAUCUUCACUCGCUUCCGAUGGGCCGAAUUUGUUGGAGAUCGAUGGUGAACAUGUUGAGCUUAGGAAAAAGAGUCCCAGUCAUCCACAGAAACAACAGGAGCCCAACAUUGACUUCGAGCUAGAUAUAAAAGUAUUGGUUAAUUCAGGAAAAUGCGUAUUACAUACCAAAGACGUACAGGAUGACAAAUUGUCUGGAAGUGUGGCCGGAGGAGCAAGUGUGAAGCAGCAUAAAAGAGAAAGAAGCAUCGGAACUGACUGGGGUAGCCCAAUCCCUCCCAGAAGAAGCAAAGAAAAAACCAAGCUAAAAUAUAGUUCCCCUUAUACUGUGGUUGAUUUAACAAUUUUCCACAUUCCCGGAUUAGAUGUUAAACUUCAGUAUCAAUCGCGAAUUAUAGACGAAGAUAUAUCGCCAAGGCUUAGCACAGGAGAUCCUUUCGGUGUGGCUCGAAAACAUGGCCUAAAACGAGCGACUUUAUUCGCCUGGAUGACUCUGCAGAGCAUUCCAGAGGAAACCAUCAUAUCACCGCACAUACUCGAGUUCCUGGAACAAACGCUGGAACCCAUUCCAUCAAAAGCUCUCUCAGUACCUUCGAAUCCUGUUAACCUACAGAUGUUGGAAAAUAAUUACGCAGCUUACGCUAGUUUUCCUGUUGAUGUUGUGGUGUAUUUCCACAUGCAACCAUCAACAUUCCGUUUCUCUUGCUUGCCAGUAUCACGGGUGGAAUGUAUGCUUCAACUACCUUCUUUGGACAUAAUAUUCAGCUCAAACCGACAGGAUGAUGAUCCAGCAGCACACGGCAACGAGUGUGAGGGAAAAUCUGCUGGUGGAUUGAGUGUAACCGGAUGUUUAGCAGAUUUCAAUGUGUAUAUUUUUCAUCCGUAUGGUGGGAAGAAAACCAAUUUAAAAGAUUCGAAUCAGUUCAGCCCAUUGGCAGACAGCGAACGAAAGGACUCGCUCAGUAUCAAUGUGGAGUUUGUCAAAUUUCACAUAACACGAUCCAAAAAAGUGAACUAUGAAUCUGGAAUCUCCAAAAAACUAACUGAACAGUCCAAAGCAGUAAUCCGGUUUUCAACAAUUGUAGAUAUUGGAUCUGCUUCAUUUAAGUACGAUAUGCGACGGCUUACAGAAAUUUUGGCUUUUCCUAAAGCUUGGUAUCGAAGAAGUAUUGUGCGGAGAAUGUUCUUGGGAGAUAUGGGUGUACACCAGCAAGUUAGUAUGUGUGAUCUGGAAAGCGUGUCGGAGAUCAGUAGUUUGAAAGUAACAGACUCCGAAUUGCCUAACGACGAGCGAGCGGAAAUACUAUGUCGCGAGAAACUUAAACUGAGCCUUGAAGGGGAUCUGCCAAGUCACAGCAUCAGCAGCACUAGUUCAUCCUCUUUGAAAACCAGAGUAAAACAUCAGAAAUCUUUAAGUUUAGAUUCUGACACCUCACCAUCAGAUGUCAAUCAAACUAGAUCUUGGGAAACACUGGUUCUCUUUGCUGUAAAUUUUACUAAGCUAAAUGUUCAAAUGAAUAUGGGCAAUGUGAUGGGUAAUAUCGUUUGGUUGACAAAGGCGUUUCAGAGUGAUGGACGAUUGAGUAUAGGCAGCACUGGUCACAAAAAUAUGUAUAUUGGAGUAGGAUUGGGCGGAUCAUCACUGGAUGCUAAAGGAGGAAUUGUAGGAGGAACUGUUGAACUAAGUAAAAUUGAUACAUUCAUUCAUAUCAGAGAAGAUCCGGGGCGAGAACCUGACCAUAAAGUCGGCAUCAAGUUGUUUGCCUUGGAAUUGAAAUUUGAUUAUAUGGGAACAAGUGUGUUGAUGACUAGAAUCAGUUCUUUGAGUGCGCAGCUACGAGACGAAUGGAAAUUUUCUAAAGAACACGAUUUCACAAACAAAUUGCCCACAAACAUUCCGGCUAUUAUUCUUAUCCAUGGUGAUUUAUCUUGGGAUCAACUACAGAUGAUGAUUUCAAAAUCUACUACUGCUGACAUAUUGAAAAUGUUCUACAAGUUAGAGGAAUUCUUUUCGCAGCAGUUCAAGUCGUCUAAACGUGUAUUUUCGAGCCUAGAACCGCGAUUGUCAGCCAAUAGUCGUUCGAGUAUGCGGAGAAAAGAAUCAUCGAGAAAAUAUGCUGUCAAUCAAGUUCAACCAAUCCCGGAACCAGAAAUCAGCAUACAUGACGCUCGUCAUCAUAGACAUUGGCAGCGACCUCUGAAACAGACAAAGGGUCUAUGGCUUUCUACCUUGGGAUUGCCUUUAUCUAACAUUGGAACGGUUUUGGGAGGAACCAUGGAACUACAUGGCAAGAAUAUAUCUUUGGCAUGCUUCCACGGAAUCAAUUUCAAAUCUAAAUCGUGGGCUUUGUUCAGUUUGAAGGAACCCUGCAUAAAUUUUGCAACCGAAGCACAGCAUGUGGAAUCGUCUGAGCAAGUGCACGUUAUUCAGACUCUUACAUUUGGCCUAGGGAUGAAUACUCCACAACCGCCUCAGCAUCAUUCCAAUGCAACCGUUGUAAGAAUGAGUCGUAACGUGAUUUUUCCACCGCAGUUCAAAACUCUCCAUGAGUGGUUCCACUACGCAUUCGCUAGUAGUGAAAUAGACGCGGUGGAUCGAUUCCCAGUUUUGGAACGCGAUCGAGAACAUCACACCAAUUCAAUAGAGCGUGCAAGAGGUUCAACGGCAGCUUCAACGCAUCCAAAAUUGCAAGACCACAAUCACAAUCGGGAAGUAAUCUUCGCGUUACCCAGCUUACAGCUUCACUUCAAAACUGAACAUUUGCAAGGAAUCACUACUCCUGAUGUGUCUCAAGAGAAACCAUUAGUCGAAUGCAGUUUCAUAACCGAAUUUGAGGACCACAUUUUUGUGACCGUGGAUGCCGAUGCUUUCUUCUUUCUACAUGAUCUCAUUACUUCUUAUUUAAAAGAGAAAGAUAGAGUGCUUGGUACCUAUGGCAAUAUUCGCGCUUCUUCACCAAACCCGGUUAUUAUACCACCAUCACCAUCUCCUACUCUGUCGAGUCAAUCGUCCUUAAAACCAGGACGAAGCAGUAAUAAUCUUGGGGCAGCUUCAUCUUCACAAGAUUUAUCAUCAUCCCCUAACCCUAUUGGAAGUUCCCAUAAUCUGUCAGAUACACCAGCAAACAACAAAAACCGAACCGAAGAAAAAUCUCCAAGCAUCAAGCACAUAAAAGUGGACAGCUCGGAUUUAGAUUCUCUUUUACGGACUGAUUGGAGGCACUUCGACUGCAAAACGUGGCAUCUUGAACCGACAGUUCGAUUACUAUCAUGGGCAGGUAAGUCUAUCGAACCUUAUGGCAUCGAUUACAUUCUGAAUAAGCUAGGAUUCAGUCACGCCCGAACAACCAUUCCCAAGUGGUUGCAGCGUGGAGUGAUGGAUCCGCUCGACAAAGUAGAGGCUCUAUUAAUGCUACAAUUAUUGCUCAUGGCACAAGAGAAUGGAACAAAUGAUAGGGAAGGCUCUAGGGAAAAGUAAUAGUUUACUCUUCAUAAUGAUAAUGUUAAAAUAUUUUCUCUCUGGCCAUGUGUUAUAUAUUUAUAAUAUCUUAAUCAAACGAUAAUCAUGCAAUAGUCAAACAAUGCGAAAGUUACAUUUAUGGUACUCAUGUGUUAUGGUAUAAGGAAACCUGCUAUAUAAAUUGUUCCUUCUCUAGUCUUUGCUUUGAGCAAUAUGAAUGCAUUAAUAUAUUAUUAUAAACCGUUUACACACAGCCUAAUGUGUAGUAAUAUACAUAUAAUAGCCAGUUCCCGUGUCUAAAUAAAUUUACAAAAUGUCAA